UUUCUACUCAGGGAAGAUUCAAAGUGAGCAAUCAAACCCUGGUUGGAUGUGUCAUUUAGCCCUUUGAGUGUGGUGUAUGUGAUAAUGCGUAGCAUAGCUCAGGGCAGACAUUGUAGGCAUCAGCUCUAGCCAAAGGCCAGGUUCAAUGAAGUGGACUGAAAUAUGUUCCCACCUGAAUGGUGCUUUGGCUGUGCAGUUCACAUGCACAGUUUGUCCACAUGCACCUAUUCAUCCCCCAGCGAUUGUAGCCCCAGCUUCUUUUAGGUUUUAGAUUUUAGAUAUGUUAAGUUUAAGUCUACCUUCCUUUUUUUACGUGAACUUGCCUCACUGUUUAAAUAAUGUCUGCCUCUGACUCAUCAAUUGUUUACUUAUAUUCCUCAGGGCCCGAAAGGACCAAGAGGUGAAAGGGGACCCCAGGGCCCUGACGGGAGGGACGGCAGACCUGGCAACCCCGGCCCUGCUGGGCCCCCAGGACCCCCUGGCCUCGGCAGAAACUUUGCUGCUCAGUAUGAUCACAACAAAGGCGCUGAUAUUGGUCCCGGCCCCAUGGGAGAAGGAGUGAUAAUCCCUUGAGUCCGGACUUUGUUCCAUCUCUUUUCAACUACGUUCCAUCUCCAGAGAAGAGGAAAAGAAAAAUGAGACUGGAGGUUUUCAACAGACGACAGGGAGCAAAGCUACAGAAGAUGGAGCAGACAAAGCUAUCUGCGAAAGCCAUCCCUCCCAGAGCAUCAACAGAUUGUCCCCAAGACUGCAACAAGGAUCCUACUGCAGAGCAAAGUCCCACCACAGAGCCUUUGAAGGAAUCUACCCAUGAAGAACCUGGAAACGAUGUCCAGCCUGUUCUCCAUGAGGAGGAUCCAGCAACCCCACCAUGCACCACUGAAACCUGUGGUAAACGCGUCCAAUCUCUUGAGCAAGAAUGCCAAGCUCUGAGGACUGAAAAUAUGUUGUUGAAGGAAAAAAUGAAUAGGACUACACUGAAUGAGAUGAGCUUGCAUAACGAUGAUAAAAGGGUUCAUACUCUCACUGGUUUAUCAGCAUUCUCCAUUCUCAUGACAAUUUUUCAUAUUGUGGCUCCUUUUCUCCAACUUAAAUCUAGUUUAACAUGUUUUCAGCAGUACAUGUUAACUUUAAUUAAGCUUAGAAUGAACUUGUCCUUUGAGUUUUUGGCUUUUUAUUUUGACAUUGACUCAACCACUGUUUCAAAGCUCUUCAAACACUGCAUUAGUGUGAUGCAUUGUAGACUGGUGCCAAGUCUGGUGUUGUGGCCUGACAGAGAAUACUUAAGAAAAUCUCUUCCAUAUGCAUUUCGAAACCGUAGCUUUGAAAAGACAGUUUGCAUUAUAGAUUGUUUUGAAAUAUUUCUAGAGAAACCCAGUAGAUUGCUAGCCAGUGCUCAGUGUUACUCAUCAUACAAAUCACACCACACAAUGAAAUAUUUAAUUGCAAUUUGCCCUCGAGGUUCCAUUUGUUUCAUUUCCGCUGGAUGGGGAGGUCGCACAAGUGAUACGUUUAUCACAGAACAAAGUCACUUUUUAUCUCAUUUGCUCCCAGGGGACGUAGUUUUAGCGGACAGAGGUUGUCUGGUUAAAGAGUCCAUUGAGAGAUGCCAAGCUGAAUUAAAAAUUCCAGCAUUUACUCGUGGAUAGAAGCAGUUAGAUCCUGCUGACUUGGAGAACACCAGACGUCUAGCCUCUCUUAGGAUACAUAUUGAAAGAGUGAUAGGAGUUCUCCGUCAAAAGUACACAGUCUUGCAAAGCACUGUCCCCAUAUGUUUCACGGACAUAGACAGGGAAAAUGAUGUGGCCUACCUUGACAAGAUGGUGAGCGUGUGUUGUGCACUUACAAAUGUGUCUGAAUCUGUGGUGUCCUUCCAGUGAUGGGGAUUUACAGUAAAUUGAACUGAUGUGACUGGCUACAGAUGUGCUCAACCAGCAAAUAAACCUUUGUGACUCACACUUCUUGCUUGCUUGUCGUGACAUUAUUUUUAAUCACUCGCUAUUCUGAUGCGAUCACAUCGUUUCUCUUUGCAGAUCAAGCUGCACAUCCACCCAUUCUAACUUGAGUUCCACCCAAACAGAUAUUUGUUCUGGUGUGUUUUAUAUGAAUGACCCACCCAUGUUUCAUAUCCCUGAUUGCUACAGAUAUCUAAUACAAAUUAUGGGGAAGAGAACAAUAUUGGUUUAACAACUGUUUAUUCAUAAAUAACAGUACAGUAUCAGCUACUACAAACAACUCAUUUCACAGUCUCCUCACUAAGGUUUUCUUCUUUGGGCAUUGAUCACUUUUCGGCAGAUGGGACAUACCCACUGUUUUGGGACCCUUUUCAUGCGAAGGCAGGUCUGGUGAAACUUUUUAACUGAACAAAAACCUGACGCACAGACCACCAUGUUCCCUGCUUCUGGCUCAGGGCAGUAGCACCACUGUUGUUGACUAUGAUCAGCAAAUGCUGCUGCUGCUGGUGCUGGUUUCUGUGCAGAAAAACACUUUACUGCCUAAUUAACAGAAAGGUCCUUUGCAGAAAAUGGGCACUUAAUUUCUAUGACACCUGAACCACAGCAGCUACAGGAAACGUAUCCAUCAGGUGAGGCCCCAAUGCAGGGGUGAAAUCCUGAAUCCAGCUGUUCCUACCAUGACAUUCGUGUGUGAGAGGCGAUGACGCAUUUCAU